UAUAUAUGUGUAUGUGUGACAGAGAGAGACAGAGACAGAGGGAGGCUUGACCCAGACAGUGUGGACUCUGUUAGUCAGGCUGUGUGAGGAGGAGGACACUACAUGCUUCAUGUUGAAACUAUGGAUCAGAGCGUGAUACUCCCGGUGGUGUUGGCUGUUUCUGUGGUGGUAGUGACCGUGCUGUACUUCCUCCUGGGAGGAAAGAAGAAGAAGAAACUCCCCGUCACUCUGCAAGACCCUAUGGUCAAAUAUCCCCUUCCCCUGGUAGACAAACAGGAAAUCAGCCAUGACACAAAGAAAUUUCGGUUUGGCCUUCCAUCUGCAACUCAUAUCCUUGGACUGCCAGUAGGUCAGCACGUUUACCUGUCCGCCAAGGUGAACGGCAGUCUGGUGGUCAGAGCCUACACUCCAGUAUCCAGUGAUGAGGACCAGGGAUGGGUGGACAUUGUGGUCAAGGUGUACUACAAGAGCUCUCACCCCUCGUUCCAAGAGGGAGGGAAGAUGUCUCAGUACCUGGACAACAUGGCUAUCGGAGACGUCAUUGACUUCAGAGGACCCAAUGGACUGCUCGUGUACAAGGGACAUGGUCACUUCUCCAUCCGACCAGACAAGAAGUCAGAGCCCAAAGUUCGGAAGUUCAAGCAUGUUGGAAUGGUCGCUGGUGGAACAGGCAUCACUCCCAUGCUGCAGUUAAUCCGCUGUAUCACAGCAGACCCCACUGACAACACCAAGUGCUCCCUCAUAUUUGCCAACCAGACUGAGAAAGAUAUCCUACUGAGGGAGGAGCUGGAGGAGGUGAGGAGGAAUCACCCUGACAAAGUGAAGCUCUGGUUCACUCUGGACAAACCUCCGCAGGAUUGGAGCUACAGUUCAGGGUUUGUGACUGAUGACAUGAUCAAGGACCACCUCCCUGCUCCGUCUACUGAUGUCCUCGUUGUCCUGUGCGGUCCUCCACCAAUGAUCCAGCACGCAUGUCUCCCAAAUCUGGACAAGUUGGGACACAAGACAGGAAACAUUUUUGCAUACUAAUGUUAUAAUUGACUACAAAGGCUGUUUUUUCCCAGUGAUCAACCGACCGAUAAACCAAAAAUCACCGUAUGAAAACUGUUAAUGGAACAUUGUUCAUCUAAGCAUGUGUGAUAUUUAUGUCAGUGGCACUAGAACAAGUUAAACCUGUGCAAUAAAAUGUGUACGGCUACUGCAGUCAAAACCACCCAGUAACAUCCCUAUGACGGUUUCUAUGGACUCAGGUACACUUUUAUAAAGUAUUUCAUCAAACCAUUGCCUUUUGUACAAUCAAUAGUGAUUUUUAAAAAUAAAUCUCUUUAGGCCAGAAACCGAAAUUCACUUGAAAUAAAGAUGUAAAACAGCA